AUGGAAGCCUCGGUGCGAAUUUUACUAAAUUCCUCCGCGCGCCAGUUUACCCCUUGCUUUCACCCUCUUAAAAUUGCGCCCAUCUUGUCGUCUCCCAAUUAUCGACCUCGUUCUGCCCCACUUCCUCCAGCUUCACUGCUUCACCGCCAAAAUCAUCACCCCAUUAUAUGCUCUAACGCCUAUGUUCCUCAUCACGGCUCUCAGGCCUCAAUCCCAUUUGGGUUUUCUAAUCCAGUCUCAAUCUCUGGAUUUAAUCUCGAUAAAAUCAUCUUCAGCUCAAAUUUCUCUCGGUUUUUUUCUGACCCAAAGCAGAAAUCUUUCGAAUGGAACUAUGCUCAGAAUGGAAUUCACGGGAGGGAAAAUGGGAUUAUAGGCGAGAAAGGGCCAAUUGUUACUGCUGUGUUAUUGGGAUGGCUUGGAGCUAAGCCGAAACAUUUGAGGAAGUACGUGGAGUUGUAUAAUUCGAGGGGCAUUCAUGCUAUAACCUUUGUUGCUUCUAUCAAUGAUGUGCUUUCUUUUGAUCUGGGUAAGAAGUUGGAGGAUAGAAUUUCUGGCUUGACUCAUGAGCUCACGUCUUGGCUGUCUGAAUCAGAAAAGGAUGGGCGUGAAAGAUUCUUGAUUUUUCAUACCUUCAGCAACACUGGUUGGCUUGGGUAUGGUGCCAUUCUUGAUAAUUUGCUUAAUAAGCCUAAUUUGUUGGAGAAAGUCAAAGGCUGUGUAGUUGAUUCUGGAGGCGAUCCUAACAUUGAUCCCAAGGUCUGGGCUGCUGGUUUUACUGCAGCUUUGCUAAAAAAAUACAGUUCGUCUGCAUAUCCGUCAGUUGAACAAGGAGAUCUGAAUGCUUUAGAAAAGGGCAUGGACACCUCAAAGAUAGGAAAACCUCUACUGAUUGAAACGAUGCUCCUCUCAGCACUUGAGAAAUUUUUCUCAUAUAUUCUCAACUUGCGAGAGGUUAAUCAGAAGUUGGCAAAGAUCGUUGCGACUCUGUCAAACAACCAGCCAUCUUGCCCUCUGCUUUAUCUCUAUAGUGCAGCUGACAAGGUGAUUCCAUAUCAGGCAGUUGAGUCAUUCAUUGAACUGCAAAGAAGAAGCGGAAGAGAUGUGAGAUCUUUUAACUUCGGAACAUCACCCCAUGUGGACCAUUACCGGACUUUCCCCAGUUUAUAUACAUCAGAGAUUGAGAAGUUUCUGAACGACUGUUUGCUCAUGGCGAAAAAUUUUAAAAUGAAGCAAUGA